AUGCCGUCCAACCGCCCCGUUUAUUCAUGCGUCAGAUGCUCUGACAGGAAGGUCAAAUGUGAUCGGGAUUACCCGUGCGGUGCUUGCAAGAAGCACAAUGUUGAGUGCACAUAUCGACCGGCCCGCCACUCUCGGAAGAGGUUGAAGCUUCUGGAACGCGAUGCUCUGAUAGAUCGUGUCCAGCAAUAUGAAGCGUUCAUCAAAGAACAAGGCUUCCACCCAGAGGCGGUCUCCCGCCCCGGGACCGUCCUAUCAGGUGACGCGGAGGAAACCCAAAGCCCGCAAACCGACCGCGGCUCGCAACAACCAGAACCAUCUUUGGCUGGUCCGGAGGCGAGGGAACAUUUCAGCAGAGGCCAAACUGGCUCUGACAGACAACGGGUGCACUUUGUGGACAAUAGCUUGAUGACGCGGAUAGCAAAAGAGGCGCUGUGGAAUGUUGUGCUGACCAGCUUUCAGUUGCCCGAGACCAAAAAAGACACUCACGAUUUGUCGGAUGAGCUGAGUGACGGAGAACAUUCAGAGAACAGUUCCGACUUGCUCAUGGGGGUAUGUCCAUGCCAUAGUAGCAGAUAUACACACCCGUCCACCGACCAAAUCAAUGAGCUCUGGCAAAUCUUCCUUGAGAAUGUUGAACCCCUUACCAAGAUUGUACACGCCCCUUCGUUACAAUUGGCGAUCAAUGAGGCUAUUGACAACAUACCUGCUGUUCCACGAAGCUUCCAUGCACUCAUGUUCGCAAUAUACAGCACAGCAAUUCUAUCCUUGACCGAGACCGAGUGCCAGGAACGAUUCGGUCAAUCUCGGCGCAACCUGUUGUCCAAUUAUGUCGCCUCAACCAAGAAGGCAUUAGCAAGGGCAGACUUUAUGAACUCGAAAAACCUUGUAGUGCUGCAAGCUCUGACCCUACAUAUCCUUUCAAUUCGAGACACUUCCAGCCCACGAUCAAUAUGGACAUUGACGGGCGUUGCACUCCGGAUUGCAGAAGCCAUCGGUCUACGUCAAAAUGCAACCCUACUGGCGCUUGCACCUUUCGAAGCCGAAAUCUGGCGCAGGAUCUGGAGCUGCUUGAAGAUGCACGACAACCGUGCCGCUGAAAUGUGUGGUCUACCUACUUUCCAACCCCUGAAUGGGGACAUCCACAUGACCGGGACACUCACAAAUACUGAUGAUGCGGACAUCUACCCUGGCAUGCCGGCCCCCCCGUCAGACUCUUCUAAGCCCACUGACAUGAUAUUUUGUGCUGUCCAGUCGGAAUUCUUUGCCUUUGCUGGACGAAUGGCGUCCAUCAAUCGCAAGGCGUGCGGACCGAACUUUGUCGCCGACAUCUUCGCGACCAAGGAAAGUGUCAUGCCGAACGACGAUGCGAUCCAAGAACUGCAGAACCAUAUCGAAACCAAGUAUCUCCGCUAUUGCGAACCGUCGGAUCCUUUGCACCUUACAACAGUUCUCUUCGCCCGGUAUUCCUUGAACGUAUGUCGCUUUAUGGCUCGACAUCCAAGGAAGUGGAAGAAUCGAUUACAGGUGCCAGAAUCGGAGCGGAAGUACGUUUGGAAUGUCAGUCUGAAGCUGCUGGAGCAAUUCGACAUGAUUCAGUCAAGCCCACAUGUCCGCCAGUUUUCCUGGAACUUCGCCUACUAUCUGAAAUGGUCGGCUUUCGUUCAUGUACUUGACACUCUCCGGGUUGAACCCCUUGUGGUGGAUUCCUCCAAGGCAUGGCGGUUGGUGGAGACGACGUUCCAAAAUAACCCAGCAAUGAUGACAGAUACUGAGAGAACCUUAUACGUUGCGGUUGGCAACCUAUGCUUGAAAGCCUUCAAGGCGCGAGAGAUAGCGAUGGCCAGGGAAGGAAUCGUAAGCGGCGAUGUUCCACCCUUCAUCCACCAACUCCGGCAGAUCCAAGAAACCGCUCGGCUCCGAUUGCAAACCAAACUGUCGUUGCGUAGGCAAGGAAAGGAUUCUCGUUUCAAAAUCAGCGGCACUGAGACACCUCCAGCCACGAAGUCGUCCCCAGAUUGUGCGCGCGAUCAAUCUGCAAGCAACAGACCACCGCGAUCGCACGCCUUGAAUCAACAAAACUCGCCACAUGAACCUGAUAGCAGCAGAAGUUGCUUGAUCGACGUCUCCGCAUCUGAGACUGGUAUGCCAUCCAGCAUGCUAGACGAGGAUCCGAACUCGCUGCUGCCCCAGAAUCAAGACAUGGAAGAGCUCAUCUCGGAAGGUAUUGACUGGACCCAAUGGGAUUCAUGGCUGAGCGGCACAGAUUUUCAGAUGGGCACCAUUUGA